AUGGAGAAUAAUUUUUCACUUCUAAGAGAACAAAAAAUCAUAGCAGAUGAUGAAGAGUUGCUUGAGCUCUCGCUCUCUACUGGAUCCAGGUCACAGCCAUUAUCGCAAUCAUCAUCACAACUAAUGUUAGGUCAACCACCAACGCUUCCAUCGCAGUUGUUCCCACCAGUGAAACCGCCUCCACCACCGCCACACAUUCUCCAUGUGCAGCCCCCUGCUAACCCAUCUCAUCAAGAAGCUGUCGUCGGGCAACUGCAUUCUCACAUCCGCAAGUCUCCCUCUAAGAUUUUAAGGGAAGGAAAAAGUGACACCAUACCGGCACCGUAUCCAUGGGCUACUACUAGACGUGCCACAGUACAUAGCCUUGAAUAUCUGCUAGCCAAAGGACUAACCAUCAUUUCCGGUCAAGUGCAGUGCAAAAAAUGUGACAGACAGUAUGAAAUUGAAUAUGACUUGCAGCAAAAAUUCAGGGAAGUCGCAUCUUUUAUUUCUGAAAACAAGGACACCAUGCAUGAUCGAGCGCCAUCAGUUUGGCUAAACCCAACUCUUCCUGAUUGCGGUUUCUGUAAUAAAAGGAACUGCUUGAAGCCAAUUAUCUCCAAGAAGAGGUCCAUUAAUUGGUUGUUUUUGCUGUUGGGGCAAAUGCUUGGGUGCUGCCAACUAAAGGCGUUGAAAUACUUUUGCAAACACACCAUGAAUCAUAGAACAGGUGCUAAAGAUCGAGUUCUAUAUCUUACUUACAUAGAUCUUUGUAACCAAUUAGAUGGAUCUCAAGGGAUCGCUUGA